UCACACACAUUAUACACCCUCGCUUGCUCACACCCUGCUGCUGCUGCUUCUGCUGCUGCUUCUUCUUCUCUCCUGCCUGCUAGUCUUUCCUGCUUUCUAGAUUUACUCCUUUAAUCUGGCUGGUUCUUCUCCUUUGGGAUGAGGGGCUGUAAGGCUGGACGGGUCUGUGCUCGGAUGCUUCGCUGAGACCUGUCCGUAUCUUUCUCUUUCCUUUUUCAUCCCUCUAUCUCUGUCAGCUGCGAGAACUCACGUUAAGGUGUGUCCUGGCCCUCGGCCCCCUCUGUGGAUGUCUGUCACCAUGGCGAAGUUUGAGACCGGCCGCACAAGCCCAGUGGUCCGCCAGAUAGACAAGCAGUUCCUGGUGUGUAGUAUCUGUCUGGACCACUACCACAACCCCAAAGUCCUGCCCUGCCUGCACACCUUCUGUGAAAGGUGCCUACAGAACUACAUUCCUGCUCAGUCUUUGACACUGUCCUGCCCGGUGUGCAGACAGACCUCCAUCUUGCCUGAGAAAGGUGUUGCGGCACUACAGAACAACUUCUUCAUCACAAACCUCAUGGAGGUGCUGCAGAGAGACCCAGAAUGCUCUCGGCCGGAGGCCUGCAGCGUGUUGGAGUCUGUCAGUGCAGCAGCCGCUGGGAAACCGCUCUCCUGCCCCAAUCACGAGGGCAAGGUGAUGGAGUUUUACUGCGAGUCAUGUGAGACGGCCAUGUGCCUGGACUGCACGGAGGGGGAACACCGGGAGCAUGUGACCGUUCCACUGCGGGAUGUUCUAGAACAGCACAAAGCAGUGCUAAAGAACCAGCUAGAUGCUAUACGCAACAGGCUGCCCCAACUAACAGCGGCCAUUGAGCUGGUAAAUGAAAUCUCUAAACAGCUGAUAGAGAGGAAGAACGAAGCAGUCAAUGAGAUCAACAUGACAUUUGAGGAGCUCGAGAAGGCAUUGCAUCAACGCAAGGCUGCGCUCAUCACCGACCUGGAGAACAUUUGUAGCACCAAGCAGAAGGUGCUUCAGGCACAGUUAUCCUCCCUUCUGCAGGGAAAAGAGCACAUCCAGAGCAGCUGCAGUUUUACUGAGCAGGCCCUGAACCACGGCAGCGCCACUGAAGUCCUGCUGGUCCAAAAGCAGAUGAGUGAGCGGGUGAGUGCCCUCGCCUGCCACGACUUUCCUGAACGGCCACACGAAAAUGCCCACUUGGACUGCCAGAUAGAGACGGAGGGCUUGCGACGCUCCAUCCAGAACCUGGGCGUGCUGCUGACGACAGGUGCCGUGGGACACACGAGUGUGGCAACGGGAGAAGGGCUCAGACAUGCCCUGGUCGGUCAGCAUGUGACUGUAACAGUUACCACUAAGGAUAAGGACAGCGAGCUUGUGCGGACCGGUAAUGCGGUCCUCCGAGCAGAGAUAACAGGGCAGGACGGAGUGCGGGUGGCAGAGGUGGAGGUUGUGGACAAUAAAAACGGAACGUAUGAGGUAGGGUACACACUUAAGAGUGAAGGGGAGUACUCCUUCUCUUUGAUGCUGUAUGGACAGCCCGUGCGGGGCAGUCCGUUCAGACUGCGGGCGAUAAAGCCGUCGGAUGUCCCCCAGUCUCCCGACGAUGUGAAAAGGAGGGUUAAAUCUCCUAGUGGAACAGGAGGACACAUCAGGCAGAAAGCCGUACGGAGACCUUCCAGCAUGUACAGCACCACCAAAAAGAAGGAAAACCCCAUAGAGGAUGAGCUGAUUUACAGAGUGGGCUCUCGGGGGAGGGAGAAGGGAGAGUUCACUAAUCUACAGGGCAUCUCUGCUUCCAAUAAUGGGAGGGUCAUUGUAGCAGACAGCAACAACCAGUGUAUACAGGUGUUUACUAAUGAUGGCCAGUUUAAAGCACGUUUUGGGGUCAGAGGUCGAUCCCCAGGACAACUGCAGAGGCCGACAGGAGUGGCAGUCGACACAAAUGGAGACAUUAUAGUAGCUGAUUAUGAUAACAGAUGGAUCAGCAUCUUUUCUCCUGAUGGGAAAUUCAAGAAUAAGAUCGGUGCUGGCCGUCUGAUGGGACCCAAAGGAGUGGCUGUAGACAGGAACGGUCAUAUCAUUGCAGUGGAUAAUAAAGCCUGCUGUGUGUUCAUCUUUCAAUCUAAUGGCAAACUAGUGACCAAGUUUGGAGCCAGAGGCACUUCAGACAGACAGUUCGCAGAAAAAAGUGGUGCAAAGUUUGCACUGGAGCAAAAGUUUAGUAAAUCUGGCCCUGUGUUCAGUCCACACUUUGUUGCUGUCAACAACAAGAAUGAAAUUGUGGUGACAGAUUUUCAUAACCACUCCGUCAAGGUCUACAGUGCAGAUGGGGAGUUUUUGUUCAAAUUUGGGUCCCAUGGAGAGGGAAACGGCCAGUUUAAUGCCCCCACAGGGGUCGCUGUUGAUGUUAACGGCAACAUCAUCGUAGCAGACUGGGGCAACAGCAGAAUACAGGUGUUUGACAGCGCAGGCUCAUUUCUCUCUUACAUCAACACAACUGCAGACCCUCUGUAUGGGCCGCAGGGUCUCGCUUUAACCUCCGACGGCCAUGUUGUGGUGGCCGAUUCUGGUAACCACUGCUUCAAAGUCUACCGGUACCUGCAGUAACGCCUCAGGUACUGCCACAGGGUGCCACAAACUCUCCUGCGACUUCGGUUCAUCACAGUUUGCAUAGUCAUAUCAGCGAAAUCCUCCAGAAAGGAAGAAUCGGAUGAACAAAAAGCACUUUUCUUAAAUCUUGUACUGAUUUUCAUGUUCCAAAACAAAGAACUGCUUCUGUACUAAACCAGGAAUGUUUAUUGUAAAUAACAGAAACCAUAUCAAUAAGCACAGAUUCUUAUUAGAAAUCAUGUAAGUUCUGUAUAAAUAAAAAGUAUAUAUAUAUAUAGCAAAACAUUUUGUUAAUCGCGUCUUAAACCCUUGCCGAAAAGUCAAUUAUUUCCAAGAUUUUUCCAAGAUUCCUUUCCCGUCUCAUAGUGAUUGACCUUCCCAUGACUGCAACAGUUGUGUAUUUUAAUUCUGUUACAUUCUGCAUUUGUAAAUAUACAAAUGUAUGUACAUAUGAACAUAUUUGGUGUAUGUAACAUGUAAAUGACACUGGCUUCUUGUAUUGUCAGCAUUUACCACUGAGAUUUCACUAUAUCCGAGCUAUUCAGUGAGUGCUUUCAGCCAACUGGGUGUUCAAAUCAUUCAGACUGAACAUCUGAGCCCUCACAGAUAUCAGCAGCACAGGAAGUGAUGCGCAUCCCUGCUGUGCUCUUUCAAAAAAUAUCAAACCAAUUAACAAAAGGAGCCAAAAACUACAUAUUUUUUUCCAUUCCAAAUUAUUUAUUUUUCUAAAGCACAAGGCUACUUUAUGUGUUGAAAAAUCCAAGUUAGCGAGGAAAUAGAAAUAUAAUCAAACCCAAGUAUUUCAAGUAUAGGCCUAUUGCCUCUGUUUUUUAAUGUUCUAUAAAGAUGAUCCGCUGUAUGGAAUUAUAUCUCUUCUCUGUAAAUAAUCAUGCAGAUGCCAGAUGUUUACAGUGUAGCAACCAAAUGUUGUUUUUAGUCAGUAUUAGUUUAUGCUUCAUUUGUCUAUUUAUUUAAUGUUUUGUACACAUUUUCCUUUGAGAUUGUCCUUCAUCACCAGCGAAUGAUUUCAAAAUCACUUCCCUUUAAUUUUGUGGAUAUUUCCUUUGUCUUUUUGAAGGUUUAUGUGGCACCACGUCUCCUUAAUAGGCUACUCUGUGUGAUACUGUACAAGAUUAAUGAACGGUGGCUCGCAGCUGAAACGGUGAACGUAUAUCUUAAUAUCUGUGCAAAUAACGUUUUUGCAUGUUAAUGAUUUUACCAGCAGUCUGAAUAUGGUUUCUGCAGCAGCGAAAUACUUGUAAUGAUUUGCUAUUGGCAGACUGGAAAUAAAUAAAAAAAAUGUAAUAGCCAAAAACAAAUAUUCUAUACUGUAUAUUAAUUUAUAAUAUAUACGAAUUGCAAGUUGAGAUAAUUAGUUGCUUCCGUCGUGAUGGGCUCUUUUGGAGAACCAUCAUCAGUAAAGGCCUGUUCACACUAUGAACGAUUAACUAUAACCAUAAAGUUUUAAAAUUGCUCUAAAGGUGGUCACAUUUACUAUUGUUCAGCGAAUUUUUGCAGGCGAAAUCCAAGAAAGGUCUGCGUCCUGCAGUACUACAAACCACGCCCUGCAAGUUACGCCUCCCGCGAACAAUGUUGAUUAAAACAAUCUUUUGAAGUAAAUUAUUUUAUGUUUUAUGUAUGGAAUGUUAGUAAGGCUAACUUAUAUUCCUUUCUUUAUAUUCCAAAUCUUAUGAAAUAUGAAAAUGACAGCUAUUAGGAAAACAUAAAAUAAAUUAAAAACCUACCCUACCCUGAUUGUUUAUGUAAUGCAAUCUGUGUGCCUUAUCACUAGGUGGCGAUAGUGAAGCUUAAAAAGCGAGGAAAGUGAAGUAGAAGAAGAGUUGUACUAGUGACGACAGAGUACUUCAGGGAUGACGUGUUUUUGUAGGCAAAACCCAGAAGCAAGUUAGCAUUUUAGGACUUCCGGUCAAACCACUGGAAGGCAAGCCUGCAACCUUUAGCCAAAAAAGCGUAACGGCUAAUGCUAAUGCUCCGCCUCUGGCGGUACGCAGGGAAGGAGACCAGAGGCCGUUUUUUGAAUGGAUGUCAAUGGAUGAGAGGCUUCAUUAUGCUGAUUAAACAGCUUUUGUGGGGAAAUAGCUAAUCAUUUAAUUAAUCGACAGUCUGUUUGCUAAUCUUCAUCAUGUUUUACACUAAACAAUACUUUCGUUGGGAACUAGAUGUAAAUUUUAGCUUGAUAAAAAUGCAUUUUGUUUUAAGAGAAGGCAGACUAGGGAAUGUUGCGACUGAUAGUUUUUUAUAUCUGACGACUUUAUUUAGGCUUCAAAAUGUAUAAAUGUUGUGUUAGCUUGUAAAGAUUAUCUUGAUAGACAAAACGUGUAAGUGUCAUAAUCCUGUGUUAAACACAGAGCUUAUACUUUUUCCCAUAAACUUUUCCAAAAGUUUAUGGGAAAAAUGCAUAGGCUUUCGAUCGAGGGAACCCGUGCGCCGCUAACUUCCGUCAUCACGUCAUCCCUGAGGUACUCUAUUAGCGAUUCUAGAGGGAGGAAUUGUGAUGACAUCCUGAUUGGCUGUUUCAUUGUAGGGGGUGUAAUUUGUAGGGGCGAGGUUUGUAGUACUGCGGGAUUCAGUCGGACACACUUGGGAGAAAUCCAGACGUUUCAAUAGGAAUCCACGUCAUCAGGAACUUUGCGAGAGCAAAAUAAUUCCCCAUGCAGAUUUUGCAACGUCUUCAAAUUGGUCGCACGAAUUGGUCCACGUUAACCAAUUAAGAAAAAAAAAAAAUGCUUGUUUUGAAAGUGUGAGCUGUGCUUCAUAGACUGAUAAAAUAUUGACAAUAGACAAUGUACCCGUAAAAAUUCUCUAAUAUGACCGCAGAUUUCGAAACAUCAGAAUCGUAAGUCCACACCACAGCUAUAAAAAUAAGGACAUAGAAGAACGGUAUCGUUGAAAUGACUGUGCGAUUUUUUUUUUUUUUUUUUAUGGCUGAUAAUUCGACUUUAAAGUCGGCAUGAAAUGGAAGUUGCAAUAGUCUUUUCUUUCUUAUUGCGACGUAUAUCCGAGUGAAACGGCUUCCUGGAACAAGAAAAAAUGUAGGGACUUGAAUUUGUGCAUUGGGAAUUGAUUGGACGAUUGUGGUCUGCUAUUGCUGUGAUUGACAUUAAUUUAAAAAAUAUUGAUGUGCGCGGAUGAAUUUAUAAUAAAUACUGCAAUAUUCUUUAAAAAAAAAACAAGUUGAAAAAAAUUGACAAUUGUCAAUUUCAAUUUCAUGGUGACUUUCAUGUCGACAACUGCUGCAGCGAACUUAGAAUCAAUAAAGUUAUCGUCCGUUGGUGUGAACGCUAAUUUUGUUCUUGGUGUGGAUGGACUUUAACUCUAUCCAAUGCAUGAUCUAGUGCUUGGACAGAUGAUUUAGUAAAUGUGCUUCAUGGGUUUAAAAAAACAAAAAUCUUGAACAACAAAGAAUCAACCAUAUGUUCAUUUUACUGGUCUAUUAUUAUUGCAGUUUAAAAAUAAAACUGUAUAUACAAGACACUUCUCAAAUUUUGUCUUUCUUUUUUUUUAAAACUGUGAAUCAAAGUGAUUCAUUUUUAAAAAAUUGUUAUAUAAUCUGGAUAAUAAAGUGGAACUUCCUGGUUCUAUGAAAUAUGAAAUACUGAAAUUAAAAAAAAAAAAAAAAACUGUUGUAAUAUUUUAUUUUUAAAUGACUGCAGAGGAAAACAUUUAACAUAUUGCAGUGGUUUUAAAUCACACAAAAGUAAAAUGUACUGAUGGUGCCAUCCAGCAGUAAUGCUCAAAAGUGAUGUAACAGUUCUCUUACAUCAGCAAUUAAAAGAAAUCCAAAUUAAAAAUAUAUAUAUAUUAAACAUACAAAGAGUCAAUGUUUUCAAGUUGAACUCAUUUCAUAUGAGGAAACAGACAGUGAUUACUAAAGUACUAAAUGUUAAAUAAAACUUAGAUCCUAGUUUUUAUCAUGGAUCUUGGUAACACAAAGUGUUGAGAGCAUGUUCACGUUAACAGCACAUGUACAAAACAUCUUAAGAUCCAGAAGUGAUCUGUUCCAGUGUUUUCUUGAUCCUUUGUCAGCUCAAAAAACAUUUUGUACAAAUGACUGCAGCGGUUCUAGUAUAUAAACUAGUUCUGUAAAUAUCAACAUGAAUAACAAACCAUCUGAGCUCAAUCAAAGGGUGCUGAAAUGUCACUUUGUGCUUGUUUCAGUACAAAAGCAAACAAAAACGUACAUUCCCAGCAUCUCUCUUCACCGUCAUCCCACAAGACAAAUUUGACUACUGCUAAACAAAUCAAACAGAUUAAAAUUUUUAAUAUAAUAGAUUUGAAAGGUACAUUAAAAUGAUGUAACAUGAAUGGCACAAAGCUUAAGAAUGGACUCAUUUACAUAAUUAAAUGAAUAAAAGGACGCUCCUCACAGCAUAUCUGUCCUACUUUGUUGUUGAAAACUCACAUACUCAAAGUUGCAUAGCACCUAUUGCAGUCUGAGCUAUUACGAUAUGUUCAAACACAGAGCCUUUAUGUAACAUUACAUUACAGGGUAAUUUGUCUAACAAAAACAUCCCUUAAAAACAAAAUUGCGGCAAAAAUAUGUAAACGUUUAAAAUAGAUUUAAAAUAAAGAAAAAAAAAAAAAAAAAAA